AUAGGGCUGCAGCCACUAUGGAGGAACCCGAGAUGCAGCUCAAAGGGAAGAAAGUAACAGACAAGUUCACUGAGAGUGUCUACGUCCUGGCCAACGAGCCAUCCGUGGCCCUGUACCGGCUGCAGGAGCAUGUGCGCCGCUCUCUGCCUGAGCUGGCCCAGCAUAAGCGCCGUGAAGAACCUUGUCGACAGCAGCGUCUACUUCCGCAGCGUGGAGGGCCUCCUCAAACAGGCCAUCAGCAUCCGAGACCACAUGAACGCCACAGCCCAGGGCCACAGCCCCGAGGAACCACCUCUGCCCUCUUCAGCCUGAUCCUGGAAGAGACUUGGAGGUGCUUUGGCCCCUCUGACUCAGCCCGACCAAAACUUGCACCCUUGGACACAGCCUUGUGGGACUUGGCAGGGACAGAAGACCAAAUUCAGCACGCACCGCCACCUCCCCCAGCAGUUCCGGUCACGCCAACAUCUGGAGAAGAGGCCGCCAGGUCUGUCUGCUGCUUGGGGUGGGGAUUUGCAUACCAAGGACACUCCACCCAGCCUGGGACAAUGGGGAGGAAGAAAAUUCAGAUCUCACGCAUUCUGGACCAAAGGAAUCGGCAGGUGACAUUUACCAAGCGGAAGUUUGGGCUGAUGAAGAAGGCCUAUGAGCUAAGUGUACUCUGCGACUGUGAGAUCGCCCUCAUCAUCUUCAAUAGCGCCAACCGCCUCUUCCAGUACGCCAGCACAGACAUGGACCGUGUGCUACUGAAGUACACAGAGUACAGUGAGCCUCACGAGAGCCGCACCAACACCGACAUCCUCGAGACACUGAAGCGGAGGGGCGUGGGCCUUGAUGGACAAGAGCUGGAGCCAGAGGAGGGGAUUGAGGGGCCAGGAGAGAAGCUGCGGAGGCUGGCAGGUGAUGGGGGUGACCCAGCCUUGCCCCGACCCCGGCUCUAUCCAGCAGCUCCCACUAUGCCCAGCCCUGACAUGGCAUAUGGGGCCCUGCCCCCACCAGGCUGCGACCCCAGUGGGCUUGGGGAGGCCCUGCCUGCCCAGAGCCGCCCAUCCCCCUUCCGUCCAGGAGCCCCCAAAGCUGGCCCCCCAGGCCUGGCGCACCCUCUCUUCUCAGCGAGCCACCUCGGCAGCAAGACACCACCGCCCCUGUACCUGGCAGUGGAUGGGAGGAGGCCAGACCUGCCUGGUGGCCUGGCUGGGGCCCGAGGGGGACUGAGCACCUCGAGAGGCCUCUAUGGUAGCCUGCAGAGUCCGUGCUCCACUGCCGCCCCGGGACCCCCACUAGGGAGCUUCCCCUUCCACCCUGCAGGUCCCCCAGAAUAUGGCCUGGGAGACCCCCCUCCGCCCCCAGGCUUGCUGCAGCCCCCCACCUUGACCCCCUGGCAGCCCUCCAGGGGUGAUGGGCCCCCAGUCACCCCCGCCCAGCCCAGUGGGGGCCGCAGCCUGGGUGAGGAAGGCCCCCCAGCCCGUGGCGCCUCCUCGCCCACCCCACCAGUCAGCAUCAAGUCCGAGCGACUCUCGCCGGCCCCUGGAGGCCCCGGCGACUUUCCAAAGGCCUUCCCCUACCCCUUGCUCCUGGCCCGGCCCCUGGCAGAGCCCCUGCGGCCUGGGCCCCCCCUGCGCCGGCUGCCCACUACCGACAGCUGGCCCCGGUAGUAGGCCCGGGGGUGGCACCGAUUCUGCCCCUCACACCAGGCGGGGUGAGGGCAUGUGGGGUCCCAACCUCCCUCGCUGCGUCCUUGGAGAAGACCCAGCAGUUACGACCAUCUCCGUGGCAGGGGCCUGGAGGGGGGAAAGCCUGGUUCGGAUCCAAGGUUGGGGAGCCCCUUUCCCCCUUCCCGUGUGUGUGUAUCCAUCAAUAAAACACACGGGGCAUCCGUG